AUGGAGGUGGAUGAUGGCCGACAACCUAUGGAGGUUGAUCAGAUGCAGUCAGUGAAAACGAUGACCAAGAAAAAGCAAGAGGAAAUGGAGCUGCAUCGGAUGCGAGGCCACAUUCCGUUUUGGUCUGAGUGUCCUCAUUGUCGUAUGACUCGAGGUACUACACAGCAUCGCCGGACCAAGGAUGUUAAGGAUCGGCCUGUAGCUUUGCAAGCGGAUUUUUGCUUCAUCAACCUGGUGACUGGUACUUUUGCCAAAGACCAGCCAACGGCUCCCAACAUGAAGGUGCUGGUCAUGACUGAAAUGUCAACCAGAAUGAUCGGAUGUCUGUUGGUUGGCACCAAUGCUGACAAUACCUCAAGCUGGAUUCGCUACUGGAUGAAUGCUUUUGGGCUGGACAUUGCUGGUUCUGCUGUACUGUUACGAACGGACAGCGAGACAGUGGUAAGCGCACUGAUCAAGCGAGCCAAUCUGGGGAUUCGGAUUGUGACCCAGAGAGCACCUCCGCAAGGACACGAAGCGGUCGGUGGUGUUGAAAGGGCAGUGAGAACACUCAAGGAGUUGUUCAGCACGGUGAGGUUGGAUCUAAGAGCACAGGGCUUUGACCUGAAAAGAAGCCCUCGAGCAUUUGAGUAUGGUGUGAUUUACUGCGCUGCAAUGCACAAUCACCAUGCUGCUGCCUUUGAUGGGAAGAAAUCACCCCAGGAGUUGGUGCUACAGAGACCCUUCCAUGAGUGUGGCUCUUCGUUGAUAGGGACCACAGUUCUAGCCGAGCUGCCGGAUUCGAUGAAAACAACAGCGCUAUCGCGAUUUGUGGAAGCGGCCUAUGUGUAUCCUGAAGUUGGUGGUUUGACUCAUGUGGUGAGUGCUAUGGUAGAUGGAUGUCCCAAGCAUUUUCGGGCGAAGUCAAUCAAGCACAUAAUUCCUUUGAAGAUUGGUUUGGAGCAUUGUCAACAUUUGCUCAAGGAGUAUGAUCCUUCAGAUACAUUGGCUCCUCCCAUUCUGAAGGAGAAAGAGGAUGGUGUGCCUGAUCAGAUUGACGGUGAACCGGACAAGGCCUUUGAGGGCAGAGUGUCUGAUGGUCCGACCACAGACAUGAGCAAAGUGGGACCACCAGCAGCAUGGGUGAAAGAGCAUGGAGGAACGGUGAAUUGUCCAGCGUGUGGACCGAAAAGAGGUAAGGCGAAUCACAAUGCUGACUGCCGAAAGCGGUAUGACGACUGGUUGAAGAAUCAGCGACAGAGGUUGGAAAGAGCAGAACCGACCACUGAAGUUCUGGAUGCGAGUACAAGAAGCUCCAAGGAUGCGGGGGUGAUGGAAUCUGGAAGCGAGCCCUCACUCCUGAAACAUCCUAAGAUCACCCAUGAGAGUCAACGAGAUCUCCAGGGUGAAGAGAGGCAAAGUGCCCCGAAACCUCCGACAGAGGUGGUGGACGUUGAUAUGGAUGAGUUUGAAGAUCCGAGUUUGCCAUACGGCGGGAUUCCGGAUGAGGCAAUGGAACCUGGAUACUUUGAAGGAGAAGAAACUCCUGAUGGGGAUGAGGCUGUACCGAUGGAAGAGGACAGACCUCAGAUGGAUUUGGAUUCAGUUCCAAAUGAGUCCAAUCGAGUUCCCCGGCGUUUAGAGAGUUUGACAUCAGAUGUGAACUCAGUUCCAGAUGAGUCCAAUCGAGUUCCCCGGCUGAUCAAUCGUAUUUUUUUAGACUCAAGACUCGAUGCGCCUCAAGGUCCUACUAAAAUGGUGAGUAGUGAAGAGAGUCCGAAGUUGGUACAUGUGACCAAUUCGAUUCUGCUCAACAAGAAUUGCACCUUCCAGGAAGCCCCCGGCUCAAGCUUCUCUUUUGUUUUGUGUGUGUGGUGA